GUGGUAUAGUCGGGGCUUCCUUUCAGCUACGAUCAGGAAGUUAAGGGCGGUGGCGAAGCAGCAAGGCAGCAGAUUGCCUGUCUUUAUCAUCUCAUAGGUUUCAGGUUUUUGAAGAAAAAACAGCCAAGAUGUCGAGCAAAAGGGCUAAGGGAAAGACCACCAAGAAGCGCCCCCAGCGCGCGACUUCCAAUGUCUUCGCCAUGUUUGAUCAGUCACAGAUUCAGGAGUUCAAGGAGGCUUUUAACAUGAUUGACCAGAACAGGGAUGGCUUCAUUGACAAAGAGGACUUGCAUGACAUGCUGGCAUCACUUGGAAAGAACCCAACAGAUGAGUACCUGGAAGCUAUGAUGAAUGAGGCCCCUGGACCAAUAAACUUUACGAUGUUUCUCACCAUGUUUGGGGAGAAACUCAAUGGCACAGACCCUGAAGAUGUCAUUAGGAAUGCAUUUGCUUGCUUCGAUGAAGAAGGGACAGGUUUUAUCCAAGAAGACUACUUGAGAGAGCUUUUAACCACGAUGGGCGACAGAUUCACAGAUGAGGAAGUUGACGAACUCUUCAGAGAGGCACCAAUUGACAAAAAGGGCAACUUCAACUAUGUGGAGUUUACACGCAUCUUAAAGCAUGGGGCGAAGGACAAAGAUGAUUAGGCGUGGGUUGUAAAAAUAUGCAAAUGUUCAUAUUAUAUUUCAUGUUUGUCUCCAAUUUGUACCCAAUAGAACAUCAUUGCAUGCCUUAGCUUUAAAACAAGACUACAAAAAAGCAAAAUGAUGCUAUUUACCAUAUUUAUAAACCUCUUUCAAUUCAUUCUGGCAAAUUUGCACAUCUGUAAUAAAUUUGAAGGUAGACCAUUAGUUUGCAAUAAUGAUUGGGGUGGCUAUGGAAAAUACAACAUACAAAAUGUGAAAACGGGAGACAUGCUCUGGAAAAAAAGCCUUUGUCAAACCUAGAACCUGGGUAGCUGGAUUUUUACAUUUUGUAAUAAAUUGAGACUUUUGAAAUAAAGAUCGCUAUCAACUCA